ACUGCGACGAGAACAUAAAAGACGCAACAUGGCGGCUUCAGACAAAGACACGAUCAAGAAGGAAAUAAAAGAAGAAAUACAAGAUUCCGUUUUGAUGUACCCGGGUCAUUUAAACGUCAGAAUUAAAGAGGACGAGGGCCACGAUUUUAUCGACCAGAAUCAGUACAGGCAAGAGGUAAAGGAGGAGAAGUUGGACCCGGACUUUGUAGACCAGCAGUACUGGAGUAUUGCUGUGAAGCAGGAGAACCAGGACUCGGAUGUUAUGAAUUAUGACCAGAACUUUGUAAACCAGAACCACAUCAAGGGCGAGAUUAAAGAAGAAACCCAAGAUCCGGAUAUAAGCGACCAUAACCAAAUUAAGAGCGAGAUUAAAGAGGAAACCCAAGAUCCGGAUAUCAGCAACCAGAAUCACAUCAAGAGCGACAUUAAAGAGGAAACCCAAGAUCCGGAUAUCAGCGACCAGUAUCACAAUAAGAGUGACAUUAAAGAGGAAACCCUUUAUCCGGAUAUCAGCGACGAGAACCCCAUCAAGAGCGACACUAUAGAGGAAACCCAAGAUCCGGAUAUAAGCGACCAGAACCACAUCAAGAGCGACAUUAAAGAACAAACCCAAGAUGCGCAUAUUAGCGACCAUAACUACCACAAAGGUGGAAUAAAUGAGCAGAACUGCAACGAGGACCAUCGAAGCUACGAACCCACUGGACCCCAAGAUAAACAGAAACACAGAGGAAGAAGGCCUUCAAGUCUGUAUCUCUAUCAGCAACAUGAGCCUGCCUUUACCAGACCAUCAAAAAAUCAUCAAAAGGUUGAUUCUGAAGAGAAACCAUACAGCUGUGACAAGUGUGGCAAUACCUUCACUGCAAAAAGUAGCCUAAAGACCCAUCAGCUAAUUCAUACAGAAGAAAGACACCGGAAGAAGUGCACCGAAUAUGGAGAAGCUUUCCGCCAGUCAAAGCAUUUAAAUGUUCACUGUCCUGUUCACACUAGAGGGAAACAUCACUCAUGUGAACAGUGUGGAAAAGUAUUUUCUAGCAGAAGUUUUUUACUGAGACACAGAUAUGUUCACACUGGAGAGAAACCUUACUCAUGUGAACAGUGUGGGAAAGCAUUCUCUCAGCUUGGUAACUUGCAGGCACAUAAACGUGUUCACACUGGAGAGAAACCUCACUCAUGUGAACAGUGUGGAAAAGCAUUUUCUACCAGGAGUUGUUUACGGAGACACCAAUAUGUUCACACAAGAGAGAAACCUCACUCAUGCGAACAGUGUGGAAAAGCAUUUUCAAGCAGGAGUCGUUUCCUGAGACACCAAAGUGUUCACACUGGAAAGAAACGUCACUCAUGUGAACAGUGUGGAAAAGCAUUUUCUAGCAGGAGUUUUGUACUGAGGCACCAACAUGUUCACACUGGAGAGAAACCUUACUCAUGUGAACAGUGUGGAAAAGCAUUCUCUCAGAUUAGUCAUUUGCGUGCACAUCAAUGUGUUCACACUGGAGAGAAAAAUCACUGGUGUGAACAGUGUGGAAAAGCUUUCUCUCGAAUCCGUUACUUGCGAGCACAUCAACGUGUUCACACCGGAGAGAAACCUCACUCAUGUGAACAGUGUGGAACAGCUUUCACUAGGCUCAGUACUUUACGGAUACACCAACAUAGUCACGCAUGUGAGAAACCUCAAACAUGUGCACAGUGUGGAAAAGGGUUCUGUUCGAUCAGUGCCUUAAUGAGACACCAACUUGUUCACACUAGAGAGAAGCUUCACUUAUGUGAACAGUGUGGAAAAGCAUUCUCUUUUAGCAGUCAUUUGCUCGCACACAAACGUGUUCACACUAGAGAAAAACCUCACUCAUGUCAACAGUGUGGAAAAGCGUUCUCUGAGCUCAGUACUUUACGGACACACCAACGUUGUCACACUGGAGAGAAACCUUACCCAUGUCAACAGUGUGGAAAAGCAUUUACUAACAAAAGAAGUUUACUGAUACACAAAUGUGUUCACACUGGAGAAAACAGUUUCUGAUAUGAACUUUGGAAAAGCAUUCUCCUCAUGUUUAUUCAUUUAUUCAGUGUAUUUUAUCUGCAAAUAUUCAUAUUUUUAUAUAUCCUGUAGUAGUAUAAUAAUAAAAACAUCAAAAAAUUCUGGUACUGUGUCCAUCAUUCAUGUCAGAGGUCCAUCUAAACAGUAAGAGAAUUUGUGUCUUAAGAUUCAUUUGGUGCUUACAAAAUAAAAUCCUGUUCU